UGGAUUACAGGUCUUGGUGAGGGCCCUGAAGGAAAUUCCCCCGAUAAGGACGCUCGAGGAAUUCUGAAGAAGCUCCUUCGAGAUCUUAUGAAGCAAACUGGUAUUCAUCUCCUCAUGUACUGCGUGCGGGGUGUGAGAGUGACGAAGGCGCUCUGCUGCAACUACGUUUUAGUCCGCUCCGAAGUGAAGGAGAGAGUUUCCAAUCGUUCUUGUCGCCAGGAGUUUAGAAGACAAAGGAGAGAAAUGGAAGAAUGGUGGAGUGAUAACGAGCGAUCCAUCUCAGACUUCGGGAUGACCUUUACUGGUCACGCAUGUGUCACCACGGUGACUAUCGAUAAAUAUGCAGGGGAUAAGCUCAAGCGGCGCCACAAACAGUCA